AUGACAACAGACAUUACAGAUAUCUAUUCUCAAUUAUCACAAGAACAACUUACUCAUCUUAAGGACGCAUUUUCAGCAAUAGAUAAUGACAAUGAUAGCUUGAUUACAGAAAAAGAUUUGAUUCAUACUUUUAAACAGUUGAAUAAACCUAUUAACAAUGAAGAAAUAAAUAAAAUGCUAUCAUACUCAAAUGACAAGGAAAUUACUUUUGCCACAUUUUUAAGCCUAAUGUCUUCUCAAUUGGGCGAAUUAUCAUCAAGGGAAGAGUUAAUGAAGGCCUUUAGUGUUUUCGAUAUAACUAGUGAAGAUAAUACUGAUGUCUUGAAUUCUAAAGCAAAAGGCCACAAGAAAACCCUCUCAUCAAUAUCUAAUAUGAUAUCAACAUAUGAUAAUUUGGAUGAAGAAGCGGGUUUUAAAGGCAAUGAAAAAAGGAAAGAAUUAAAACUAGAUGUAGAGGAUUUAAAAGAAAAUUUGAGAAUAGUUGGAAUGAAAGAAAAAGAUAUCGACAGUGCUUUAAAAGGAUUUAUUAAAGUUGAAAUGGAUGGUACAGAGAUAUUUUUGGCAGAAAGGUUUGUUAAUACUAUAAGAGAUGACUAA